AUGAAUCAUAGCACAUCAUCUCACAUUAUUCAGUGUAUAAUUAUCGCAAAUUUAUCACAUUACACAUUAUGCUUACACACAAAUAAUACUAAUUCUAUACAUGGAAGAUCAUUUACAUUUAUUAACACUGUUAUUGAGCAGGCAAAUAUACUAGAGGCUAGGGCUCCCAGCUACAAGACCGAUGUGCCUAUAAAAACAAAAGGAGUACUCCUAGUAGAUGCUACAGGCCUAGCCUAUAGGUGCUUUUACGGGAUGCCGGAUCUCAAGACCCAUAUGGGAUAUGAAAUAGGCUGUUUAUACGGGUUCCUGAAUUCCUUGUCAUAUAUCUUUCGCACAUUUGAACCAGAAUACGUUGGAUUGGCAUUUGACUCACCAAAUGCAAGCAAUGUUAAGCGCAAACUUUGGCCAAAAUACAAAAUACACCGCAAACCUACACCGCCCGAGCUAAUUGAGCAACUUAAUUACAUUAAGGACUAUUGUGAAAUAUCAGGUCUACCAAUAUUGUAUUACCCUGAAACUGAAGCGGAUGACCUUAUUGCCACUGGAAUUUCACAAAUAAAUACAGAUAAACACGUAAACAUUGUAACUUCUGAUAAAGAUUUGUUUCAACUUCUUAACAGUGAUGCUGUCACUGUUAUACAGCCACAAAAGUCGUAUCGUCUAGUGGAUUCUAAUGUAGUAUUGAAGGACUAUGGUAUAAGUCCAGACAGAUUUGCUGAAUACCUGGCUAUUGUGGGUGAUGCCAGUGAUGGAAUACCCGGGAUAAUAGGCAUCGGGCCCCAGACCGCUCCCAAACUAAUAACCAAACAUUCCAACUUUGAAGAAAUUCUAACGUGCGAAACAGUGGAACGAAUCAAGGCAAAAGGGGGGAAAUAUGCUGAGAGCGUUGAAAUGGCAUGGAAUUUUUACAACCUCACAAAGCUCAACUGUAAUAUACCCAUACAAGCUGACCUUCACAGUUUUACAAUGAAUGACCCACUUGAAAAGCAGCUUAACGACUUUUAUAAGAAAUACUCAAUAAGAAAACAUGCUUACAAAUGGUCUGUGCUGCAGAAAUCACCUCAGCCACGUAAAUAUUUCCCCUCAGUUUAA